ACCACAUCGAAUUCCCCAAUCCCUUGGUUGCGGUCGCGCAUUCCCUACACUGCAUAUAUUCCUAUAGCAGUGCAAGCAAGAUAAUUACUCCAUCGAAAUGUCGCAAGACACGCACAUUUUUUCGGUGCGUCGUCAGCGCGAGACGCUGGGCGGCAUCAAUCCAAAUGUCUCCGCGAUCCCGAUGCCUUCGAGUGCAAUGAAGAGGUCCAACUCCGGACAGAACCUUGCGGGCGCGUUUAAUUCGCAUGCGCGUUCGAUGAGCGGCUCUCGGCUGUCGCUCAUGCCUGGCCGACCGAAUCAACCUGUUUUUCAGCGAUCAAGCUCUGGCGCAAAUGCAAUCGAUAAUCCACCUAUGUCUGCUCAACGGGGCGGAACGACGUUUCUGGGCGCAGGAAGUCAGAGCGUGCGCAGGAGUACCAUGGCGGCCGGAAUGAGCGCGCUGACUCCGGCCAACGUUUUGGCGACACCUGGACCGGCAAGUAUGCAGCGGAGAAGCAGUUGCUUCAGUGCGCGCCCUUCGAGUGGACCAGGCUCAAAUCCACGACAGAGCUUCUUCUCGACUGCACCUGCUCCAGCAGGCGUGCCGCAGGAUCCGAGGAGGCUCCGCGACAUCAAUGUGCGGGCGCAGAUGGCGAACGAGCUGCUGAACUACUUCACAAACAACAACUUUGAGCUUGAAGCCCAGAUCAGUCUGACGAACAAGUCGCUUUCGUCACCAACACAGAAGGAGUUUAACGUCAUGUUCCAAUGGCUGUACAAGAGAAUCGACCCCGGCUAUCGCUUCAUGAAGAGUAUGGACGCCGAGAUCCCGCCGCUGCUGAAACAGUUGCACUAUCCGUUUGAGAAAUCGAUUACCAAGUCGCAGAUUGCCGCUGUAGGCGGCAAUAACUGGCACACUUUUUUGGGCCUCCUCCACUGGAUCAUGCAGCUAGCUCAGAUGAUGGACGGUUAUGCGAAGGGCGAUUAUGACUAUGCUAGCGCGGAGGCCGGUCACGACGUCUCAAGCGAUCGAAUUAUUUUCGAUUUCCUCACAAACGCCUAUCAAGAUUGGUUGAAUGUGCCAGACGGUGCCGAUGACGAUGUAGCCGAUCAAGUCAUCCAGCACCAUGUCGAUCGCAUGGCAGCCAGAUUCAAGGAAGUCAACAAGGACCUUCUCGAUGAUGUUGAUAUGCUGGAAGGAGAAAAACAAGCUCUUUUACAGCAGAUUGAGGAACUUGAGCGAGGCGCGGAGAAGGGCAAGCAACUCGACGAACGAUUGGCGAUGUUAAAAGAGGAUACCGACAAGCAUGAGGACUGGUGUGGUAAAGUGGAAAACAAGAUCAACAAAUACCAGGACAAGAUCAAGCGUCUCGAGGAAGAAAUCAAAAAAAUCGAGACUGAAAUUGAAGAGACUAAGGAUGAGAAGCGAAGCUAUCAGCAAGCUAUCAGCAACCAAGGCAUCACGGUCGAAGACCUAGACCGCAUGACGUCGGAAACAGAACGCCUCGAAACCUCGAGACGGGCGUUGCGAGAGCGACUUGAUGAGACGAAGCUACAACUCUUGGAGAAAGAAGCCGAGGCGUCGCGCAAACUUGACGAGCUCGAGCGCGCUAUUGAAAAAUACAACGCUCUUGGCUACAAAAUUGGCAUCAUACCUUCGACGGCCAUCCAUGCCAAGGGCAUCGACUACGAGCUUAGUCUCACCAUCAAGGAAGACGGCGCCGACUUCAUCUCCAGCCAGCUCGGCCGAUCUCAACAGUCACAAGAGCAAGACCACCGUCUUCUCAAAGACUCAACGUCCGGCUAUCUGCCGUACCAGCUACUCAAUCUAGAUGUCAAGGGCACGGUCAAAAAUAACAUCGUGUCACUUCGCAAGGCCGUCUCCGAGCGACGCAACAAGGCGCUCGAGGAGGACAUGAAGAACCACGAGAUGCUAGAUGGUGUCAAGGAAGCCAUAGAUGAGAAGUUGGCUGAAGUGGAAGGUCUGAGCCAUCGCAUCCGUGCCGCGGAGGAGGAGUUUGAGCGCACCAGAGAAAUCACGCAGACACAGAAGACGAAGAUGGAUACGCAACUGGAGAAGAUGGAAAAGGAAUUAAGCAUGUUGCGCAGUGGUGUCGCAGAAAGCGUUCAGAUGAUGGAGCAACGCGAGAUCAACACAAAUCUUGAAUACGAACAGCUCACCCUCCGCGCCGCGGCACUGCGCGAAGAACUGCACACCGAGAUUGAGAAGAUGCUCAACGAUGUGAUCAAGUUUAAGAUCCACAUCCAAACCGGGCUUGAGAGCUACGAACAGUUCGUAGAUGAGGAAGUCAGUGCCGAAUAUGAGGAUUUGGAGAGAGAGCAGAACGCCCAAGAUCCGCAAGAAGGGCCGCGGGAGGAGGUUGAAGAGACGUCGGCUCAGCAUGUGGGCGACAUGGAUGUUGAUGAGCAAUAGGGAUCUGGGACCUUUGUUGGCAUGUCACGACGUUAUGAGGUGUGCUUGGUUGAAAUAUUUUUCCUUCUGCCACAUAGACACUGAGGAGGCAGGGGUUGGCUUUGCUAGGAUGUUGUGUGCUGGAUAAUACCCUUGUUUGGCCUUGGCGUUCACAAAUUUGCAAUAUGCACAAGUUCAAAGACGUUGCAACAUUUGUUGAUUCCCUGUUGUAAAUUGCUCUGUCGAGACUGUCUAAGUCCCCGGCACAAUGCUGUAAUGUCGUGGUCACCUUUUUGUGAGCAGCCACA